AUGAACUUCUCUUUCUCAGCUACUACAGCGGCAGUCAAAUCAGCCUCUCGUCAAGUCACUCCAGCUGGACUCCUACCCUCUGGCAGUCCACCCUGGUUGACACGCUCUACCGUUCGCUGUCGCAACAUAUCCUCCACCUCCAGAAUGGAUGCCAAAUUCGCCCCCGCGAAGCGUGUCGCGGGGCAGAGACAAGACGUAUGGUCUAUCGUCAAUGAGGCGGCAGCUGCGUCUCCCGUACAACCUAUCGUCAAUAUGGGUCAAGGGUUUUUUGGUUACAAUCCUCCUCAAUUCGUCAUCGAUGCGGCAAAGAGUGCCCUUGAUCGCGUAGACUGCAACCAAUAUUCCCCCACCAAAGGUCGACCGAGGCUGAAAGCGGCCCUCGCCGAUGCGUAUACACCCUUCUUUGGCAGAAAAUUGAACCCCGAGACAGAAGUGACUAUUACAACCGGGGCCAAUGAGGGCAUGUUGAGCGCAUUCAUGGGAUUUGUCGAACCAGGCGACGAGGUCAUAAUUUUUGAGCCCUUUUUUGAUCAGUAUCUCAGUAACAUCGAAAUGCCCGGCGGUACAAUCAGAUAUGUGCCGAUGCAUCCUCCUGCAGACGGCGCGGAACGUACGUCUUCGGCAGCAAACUGGACCGUUGACUUUGAAGAGUUGGAAAAGGCAUUCAAUCCCAAGACCAAGAUGAUUGUCAUUAAUUCACCGCAUAACCCGGUCGGCAAAGUCUUCAGCAAAGAGGAACUCACACGGAUCGGAGAUCUUUGCCUUAAGUAUCAAGUCAUCAUUCUCUCGGAUGAGGUUUAUGAUCGUUUAUACUACGUCCCGUUCACUCGGAUAGCGACUCUUUCUCCCGAACUGGCCAAAAUCACACUCACGGUUGGAUCCGCGGGCAAAAAUUUUUAUGCAACCGGUUGGCGAGUUGGGUAUUUGAUUGGACCUCCCGAUCUUGUCAAAUACGUUGCUGCAGCUCAUACCCGGAUCUGCUAUUCAAGUGUCUCUCCGCUUCAAGAAGCGGCCGCAAUUGGUUUCGAACAAGCUGAUAAAGUCGGAUUCUGGGACCAAGCUGUCAAGGAAAUGAAAGGCAAAAUGGACCGCUUCUGUGAAGUCUUUGAUGAACUCAAUAUUCCUUACUCGAUUCCCGAAGGUGGCUAUUUCGUUCUGGCCAAUUUCUCAAAAGUCAAACUCCCCGAAAACUACUCGUUCCCGGACCAUGUCAAGGACCGACCGCGAGAUUUUAAGAUGUCUUGGUUCUUGAUUAUGGAACUGGGUGUCGCGGCAAUCCCUCCGUCGGAGUUUUACACCGAUGAACGAGCGCAUUUGGCUGAAGAUUGGAUGAGAUUUGCCGUUUGUAAGAACGAUGAUGUCCUUGAAAAUGCAAAGGCUCGGUUGCGAGGGUUGACGAAAUACAUGACUGCAUAA